AUGAACAUAAUCAACACAGCAAAAACUCUUGUGCCUCUCCAGGUGGGGAGAACCAGGUUGUCCGGCGAGUCAGCUCGGAGGCGAUGGAAGGAACUGAUCCGAUGCGAGUUGACUCGGUCAAGGGGAUCACAGAAUGAGACAGUCUUACCAAAGCAGAGAAAGCUUCUAACAGCGGCGACAAACUAUCUGAGGGAGAAACUCGAGGUGAACGAAUCCGCAGGAGAAUCGUCAGAUGGAUUAUUAACAAAGAUGCGGUGGAUUUGGCCGAAGAUCAAACAUCAACAUCACGUGGAGAGGAGGACACACGUUCAAUGA